GGGUGCCCAUGUCUUCCCUGGGUGGCGGAGGCUGAGCGGGGCCAGGUCUGCAGAUGGGGGGCCAGCAAGAGCCAGGACUGGGCAGUUGGGUGGGUGGUGGCCUCCACGUGCCAGCUCCAGACGGGGCAGUUGAGAGAGUCGAGCUCUAUGAAAUGAUGUCAUUGGCGGGAGGGCAAGGAGGGCGGGGCCAGGGGCGAGGAGGGCCCCGGUGCCAGGCCAUGGGGACAGCUGUGCUAACCCUGACCAGAGCUACGCACACUGGCCAGGGCUGGAGCCGUGGUCGCCAGGCAGAGAGAGAGACCCAGACUGGCAGUGGGGGAAACUGAGGCAAGGGUGUGGCCCUGCAGACAGAUGGUCGAGGCUGGACCUACCUGGCCUGAGGUCCUGCCCUGCAGCUGGUCCAUUAUCUGGCUGCUGGGGUCUGAGAAGCGGUCUGACCAGGGCACCUAGAGCUGACCCUAGGGGUCCCGGUCGCCGUCCGACUGCCGCUGGGAGCCCACCAGACCCGCUGCCUGCGAGAGCAUGAGUGAGCAGGGGAGGGAGGCCGAGGAGGAUGAGGGGGGGGACGCUUCAGACACGGCGCCCAUGCUGCCCCGCUGGCGUCCCGCCCACCAGGCAUCCGCCCCGCUGUCCUCGGGGUGGGCAGGCAUGGCCGCCCGAGGCCUCAGGACGCUGCUGCUGCCCGGCCAGCUUCUGUCCCAGCUCCUGCUCCACCUGCUGCUCCCCGCCACCGUGUUCCUGCUGGUGUUGAUGCCAGCAGCCGCCCUCAUCUACCUGGGAUUCCUGUGCCACUCCAGGGUCCACCCGGCGCCCGUCCCCACGUGCCGCGCGCUGCUCUCCGACCGCAGCUCGGCGACGCUCAUCGUGCUGGGCUUCCUCUCGCUGCCUCCGCUGCUGGUGCUCGCCGCUGCCAUCCGCGCCCGCCUGGCCCGGCGCCUCCGCCCGCUGCUGCCGCCCCCCACGUGGACCCCUGGACCCCGCCGACACCCAGGGUCCAGCGACGGCGUGCGGACAGAACGCCACCCCGAUGGGGAGGAGCAGCUCUGCGCCUGGGUGUGACCCCAGAGACCCUUCCAAGUCCCGGGAGGCCCCCGAACCCCGCCCCCCGUAGCCCCCCUAAAGUGGCCCCAGGCCGGCGAGCUCGACGUCUGCGUCCAGGUGCCGCGAAGUCGCCUGCGUGCUUCCGGCUCGUGCGCAGUGCUCCGAGCGACCGCGAGAUGGCGCUGGACUCCCUGGAAACUGGGUGCGGGGUGGGAGGAUCACUCCUGCCGCGGAGGCGCUGGGAAGCCUCCCCGAGGCGGGCUGGCUCCCAGAGAGGGCGCGCGUCCGGGCUCCCGGAAAGGCGGCCUUUCGGGUUUCUGCCGCUGUGGCUGCCCUGGGCUCCUGCCGCCUCGCAAAGGACAGCCCCUGCGGGCCCUGUCUGGUCAGCCAGGGGCCUCCAGCAGGCUUCCGAGACUCCCGCACUCGCUGGAGAGCUCGCUCCCAGCAGCUCAGCGACGGCCAGCCGCGCCAGGGCCCGCUCGGCUAGGACUAAGGCCAGGGCCCGGCUCGGUCUGUUCUCUCUGGAUGAUUUUAAGAUCGGUGUCUUCUGUAUUCUGUUCUGUGCUUUAAGCUCGUUUCUGGGUAUGGGUACGUUUUUAACUAUCCGUUUGGUAUCCGCGGUGUUUCCCGUUCCUAGGGAUUCGUGCAUUUCAUCAUUUGCGGAGAAGUCUCAACUAGUGUCCCUGGAGUUCUGGCUGUCAGUCAUUGCACCCGUCCUUGGGGGACACGCCGCCCUCCCCCUGGACCGCACUGUUAACUCGUCCCCCCUGUGUUUUCCGUCUCAUCGUCUCUCUCCGCUGCCUCCUGGGCCAGGCCCUCAGCUCCCUCUUCCAGCUCCCGUUCACUCGCUGCGCCCAAUCUGCCCAUUUAAUUUUCGGUUAUGAUGUCUAAAGGUUACAUUUGCUUCCUUUUUAACUCUGAUCACUUCUGACGGUCUCUUGGUGGCGUGCUUGACCUGUGGGUUCCAGUUUCGAAGUCUUGACCAGUUCACUGUUAUUGUAUACUCCGUCCCUAACAAUUCCAAUUUGUUAGUCUUGGGGGUCUAACUUUGUUAUGUGUUAUUUUUCGCUGAUUCUCACGAAUAGCGUAUUGUUUCUCUGAAAGUUUGCUAAUGCUCAUGGUCAGCCCACACCUGUGAAAAUUCCGAGGCCUGCCCUGGCUGUUGUGGCUCGGUGGACUGAGCGCUGGCCUGCAGACCGAAAAGUCACCAGUUCAAUUCCCUGUCAGGGCACAUGCCUGGGCUGCAGGCCAGGUCCCCAGAUGGGGCGUGCGAGAGGCAGCCGAUCCCCGUACCUCUUGCACCUCGAUGUUUGUCUCUCUUUCUCCCUCCCUUCCCCUCUCU